AUGCAGAUAACACCCACUACCAUUAUCAGAACAGCUUCCAUCUACCAAGGGCUUACAGCGAGAGCAGUCAACCAUGAGGCCUAUCGCUAUCAGCGGACAUUUCGAGGAUGCUUUGGUGUCUGUCCUGAGCUGGCAGCGGAACUGUGGAACAUGUUGGAUGAUGAGGAUCCCCUCAGUGAUAUUCGAUGGGUGACCUACUUCCUUGCCACACUCAUGUUCCUGAGAACUUACACUGUCACCGCUGUAUUGGCCAUGAUCUUCAUGAAGGAUGAAAAGACAAUUCGGCAUUGGGUGUGGGUGUUCAUUGAGAAGAUCGCGAGCUUGGACUUGAAGUUUAAUGGUCCUGGACUGAGGUAUGAAAUUGCUGUGUGUAUUCAAACUGGAUGGAUUGUGUGGAUCAAUGGUCCCUUCCCUUGUGGCGAAUGGGUUGAUAUUGCAAUUUCUUUGUCAUCUUUGGUCCACAUGUUUGAAGGAGAUGAGAGAGCUGUGGCUGACAAGGGGUACAGGGGGUAUCCUCAGUACUUUGACUGCCCAUGGAGACACCUUGACAAUCAACAGCAGACUAGCAGGAAGGCUCUUGCAAGGGCCAGGCACGAAUGUGUCAAUAGGAGACUCAAGGAAUGGAGCUGCUUCCUUCAGAGGUGGUGCCAUUCCCUUGAUAAACAUGGUAAGAUGGCCCAUGCUGUGGCCAACAUUGUGCAGCUCCAAAUUAUGGACAAGCCGAUGUGGCAGGUGGAGUACUAUGAUAGAGUCGACAAUGAGUUUGACUUUGAUUAUUAA